GUCCGGACCAAUUGCCGACCGCCAUAGGCGUGUUCAAUGCCUCAGUGCCGUCUUUCUUGUCUUGUUGGCUGCACGGCGUGGGCUAAAGCAGUGUGUUCGGAAGCAGUAAUUGAAUCAUUCUGCAAGAACAGCGACUUAGAGAGCUGGUUCAGAAUGGACUCCUCUUUGAGUGCAGCUCAAAUUCGCGAGAAGUUCAUUGACUUCUUCCGUCGCAAUGAUCACCACUACGUCCACUCAUCAUCCACCAUCCCAUUGGAUGACCCCACGCUGCUUUUCGCCAAUGCCGGCAUGAACCAGUUCAAGCCCAUCUUCCUCAACACCAUCGAUCCCUCCCACCCCAUGGCCAAGCUGCGUCGUGCCGCCAACACCCAGAAGUGUAUCCGUGCAGGAGGCAAACACAAUGACCUGGAUGAUGUGGGUAAAGAUGUCUACCACCACACCUUCUUCGAGAUGCUGGGGUCCUGGUCCUUUGGGGACUACUUUAAGCAACUGGCCUGUAAGAUGGCCUUGGAGUUGCUCACCCAGGAAUUUGGCAUUUCCAUAGACCGCCUGUAUGUCACCUACUUCGGGGGUAAUGCUGAGGCAGGCCUGGAGCCUGACCUGGAGUGCAAACAGAUCUGGAUCGACCUGGGUGUGGACGAGGCUCGCAUCCUGCCAGGCAGCAUGAAGGAUAACUUCUGGGAGAUGGGAGACACCGGCCCCUGUGGCCCCUGCAGCGAGAUCCACUACGACCGCAUCGGUGGGAGGGAUGCUGCUCACCUGGUCAACAUGGAUGACCCCAAUGUCCUGGAGAUCUGGAACCUUGUGUUCAUCCAGUUCAACAGAGAGUCUGAGACUGUCCUGAAGCCACUGCCAAAGAAGAGCAUUGACACAGGCAUGGGCCUGGAGCGCCUGGUGUCAGUACUGCAGAACAAGAUGUCCAACUAUGACACUGACCUCUUCAUCCCGUACUUCGAAGCCAUUCAAAAGGGUACAGGUGCUCGACCUUACACCGGAAAAGUAGGUGCAGAGGAUGUUGACGGCAUUGACAUGGCCUACCGUGUGCUCGCUGACCACGCCCGCACCAUCACCAUCGCCCUGUCAGAUGGCGGUCGACCUGACAACACAGGAAGAGGCUACGUGUUGAGGAGGAUCCUGCGUCGGGCUGUGCGUUAUUCCCACGAGAAGCUCGGAGCUCAGAGAGGCUUUUUUGCCUCUCUGGUGGACGUGGUGGUUGAGUCCCUGGGCAAUGCCUUCCCGGAGUUGAGGAAAGACCCAGAAAUGGUGAAGGACAUUAUUAAUGAGGAAGAAGUGCAGUUCCUGAAGACCCUCAGCAGGGGACGCCGUAUCCUCGAUAGGAAGAUUGUGAGUCUGGGAGACUGCAAGACCAUCCCAGGUGACACAGCAUGGCUGCUGUAUGACACAUAUGGCUUCCCUCUGGACCUGACCUCCCUCAUCGCAGAGGAGAAAGGCCUGGCUGUGGACAUGGCUGCCUUCGAAGAGGAGAAGAAGGCAGCACAGUUGAAGUCCCAGGGUAAGGGCGCAGGAGACGAGGACCACAUCAUGUUGGACAUCUAUGCAAUUGAAGAGCUGAGAAACAAAAAUAUCCCAGCCACAGAUGACUCUCCCAAAUACAAGUACACUGCAGACGAAAAUGGCAAAUACGAGUUUCAGCAGGCCUCAGCCACAGUGCUGGCCCUGCGCCGGGACCGCGCCUUCUGCGACGAAGUGACCACCGGUCAGGAGUGCGGUGUGCUGCUGGACCAGACGUCCUUCUACGCCGAGCAGGGCGGACAGACGUUUGAUGAGGGCUACAUGCUUCGAGAGGACGCCGCAACGGGGGAUCGCAUGGAGUUCACAGUGAAGAAUACACAGGUCCGAGGAGGCUAUGUUCUCCAUGUGGGGACGGUCUAUGGCACGCUGAAGGUUGGAGAUGAGGUUAUCUUACAUGUAGAUGAGGCUCGUCGUAGGCCCAUCAUGAGCAAUCACACUGCCACGCACAUCUUAAACUUCGCCCUGCGGGGGGUUUUGGGGGAGGCAGACCAGAGAGGCUCUCUUGUGGCCCCCGACCGCCUGCGCUUUGACUUCACUGCUAAAGGUGCCCUGAGCACGGGGGAGAUCCGGCGGACUGAGGAGAUCGCUUGUGCCUUGAUAAGAGAAGCAAAGACCGUGUACGCCAUGGAAGCCCCGCUAGCACAAGCCAAGGCCAUUCAGGGUCUGCGUGCCGUGUUCGAUGAGACCUACCCCGACCCUGUCCGAGUCGUGUCUAUCGGUGUCCCUGUUGAGGACCUGCUGAAGGACCCUGACAGUGCUGCCGGUUCUCUGACCUCCAUUGAGUUUUGUGGUGGAACCCACCUGCAGAACUCGGGUCACGCCGCACCGUUUGUCAUCGUCUCCGAGGAGGCCAUCGCUAAGGGCAUCCGCCGUAUUGUUGCUGUGACGGGAACAGAGGCCCAGAAGGCCCAGAGGAAAGCCGAUUCCCUGCGCCAGUCUUUGUCCGCACUGGGAGACAAGGUGAAGCAGCAGAGUGCACCAAACAAGGACAUUCAAAAAGAGAUCGCAGACAUGACGGAGUCCAUAGGCACAGCAGUGAUCUCCCAGUGGCAGAAAGAUGAGAUGAGGGAAACCCUUAAGGGCCUGAAGAAGGUCAUGGACGACCUGGACCGCACCUACAAGGCUGACAUCCAGAAGAGAGUCCUGGAAAAGACCAGUGAGGUGAUUGAAAACAACCCCAACCAGCCUCUGCUCAUCAUGGAGAUGGAGACCGGAGCCUCAGCUAAGGCGCUGAAUGAGUCACUGAAGCUGCUCAAGUCGAACUCCCCUCAGACCGCUGCGAUGCUCUUCACCGUAGACCCUGACGCUGGCAAGAUCACCUGCCUGUGUCAAGUCCCACAGGAUGUGGCCAGUCGAGGUUUGAAAGCCAGCGAGUGGGUUCAGGAGUUGUGCCCCCUUCUGGAUGGCAAGGGAGGCGGCAAGGACAUGUCUGCUCAGGCUACGGGCAGGAACAUACAUUGCCUGCAGGAGGCACUGCAGAUGGCCAACGAGUUUGCACGGCUUAAGUUGGGAGAGAACUAAGAGGAGAGAGUGUGUGGGAGGUGUAGAGAGAGAUGGGGGAGUUAAGUUUGCAAACGUAAGUUCGGGAGUAAAGCGGACAUCAGAAAUCACCAAAAAGCGAACUUUCCUGCCUUCAUUUCCUCUCCUCUUUUCUUCUCCCUUUGGGUCAGACAAAGAUCAGAAAACAAACAAAACUGCAGAGUUUCUUGCUCCCGCCAUGUUGACAGAUGACCACUGACACUCAGCUAGCUGUAAAUGAGCCACUAUAUUUAUUGAGACGAGGGCUGCUGACUUCCCCCAGUAAAAAUGAUCUAAAUACAUAGGAAGAUCCUCUGCAGCAGUUUAGGAAAAGAAGACCACAGAUGAUUUUUCAGUGGCCACUUCAGUUUUGCAUGCUGAAAAGAAAAGGGAUGCACUUUUGAUUGAUUUAGCUUCCUGUGAGUACUGUGCAGCUCAGAUGAAAAGAGACAAACUGGAGUUUCCGCCUCAGACUUUCUGUUCUGUUCUCAGCGUGAAGUUGGCUCUUGAUAAACUUCUGUCCUGCCUCUGUCUUUGUGUCUCAUCUCAUUGUAGCCCCAUUUUAAGUACAACCCCCAAAGCAACUUUGUCUUUUUCCUCUUGUUCAGGACUUAAAGUGCCGCAAUUGCAAUUUUAGGCUUCCUGUACCACUUAAGCUCAGUCUCAGAAAGAAAAGGGAAAAGUCAGCCCAGCUCUUCCAUGAUUUAGGCACAGUAUACACAGUAUGUCUUUUGUUGACUAAAGGUUUUUAAUCUGAUCUCUCAGCAGUGGCUCCGUCCAUCUGUGUGAUCGAAAGCCUGAGUUCUGUUCCUGUGAUUGGUCGGAACUGAGGUGUACAUGCAGUAGAUGUAUCAUAUUGUUGCUUUAGCAAAUAACAAGCCAUUACCUUACCUGAGUCUAUGGGUUUUAUUUAGUUUAUACAUUAACUGUAUAAAUUGAUCAUCAACCUGUCUAUUAACUAAUCUGUAAAACUUCAUUUUGCUGAAAUUGAAUAUUGAUUGAAUUCAGAAUGUCGAAUAUGCCCUGUCAGUGUAGCUGUUCCACGUCAGAGAAAUGUCACACGAGAAUGCAAUAAAUACGAUAAGUAAA